AUGGGGCGCAUAAGAGGGUCAUUUUCUACCUCAGAUCUUCCUGGUUCUAUAACACAGUUACAGUCAAACAAGGCGUCUGGGGCCCCAGAGACUGCUCCGGAACAACAGCAACAAAACUCAACCCUGCCAUUCAUUAGGCGCACGCGUAGGCUGAGUAGGCCUAUAGCCUCACUGUGGGCUCAGAAGUCAGUGCAGAGUGAGAAUGAGGACCAGACUCAGAACCAGACAGCUCCUGCUCCCCCUACUCUUGAUGCAGAGCCACUCCCCAUCCCAGAGCUUGAGCCUGUCUUCACCUACCUGAAUAACCAGGCCAAUAAGCUGUACCAGGAAGGAUACUUCUUAAAACUUAAUGAUUUGGAUACUCCCGGAGGGCAGGCAAAUGCACCCCCCAGCUUCAUCAAUUUAGCUGAUGCUACUAUCAAAAUGUGGACGGCAGCAAUACGCCUGACGGUGUUUGAGAAUUCGCUCCUCCAUGAAUGUUAUACCGGUGCCCUUAUUGCUGGUAAAGGGAAGCAUCUAAACGGGAUCAAACUUAUCCUCGAGAAGACAACAUUCAAGUACGAGGACUGGGCUAGAGUUCGAUUUGGCGCGGGCACUCCCUGGAGAAGGUGCUGGUGCGUCAUCUCCCCUCCAGGAGAAAAAGAGAUGCAGCUGUACAACCGCUCUCUGAAGAAGAAAUCUCCCUAUGAUCGAGCACCAACGCCACCCAAGGGGAACAUCAAGUUUUACGAGACAAGGAAGACUAGCAAGAAAGUAGCUCCUAUUGCUACUAUUUCCGAUGCUUAUUCUGCGUAUGCUAUAUACCCACAGUCCCGACCACUCGUUGAUCAGUCUACUCUCGUAAAGGUCGAAGGUCUAGUUACCAUCGGCGACACAACGUCCGAAGGCUUUGUCUUCGUCCUCCCUGAAAUGCACCAUGCCGUCUCUGGUUUUGAAACCAUGAUUCGUUGGCUAUUCCCUGUCUAUGAUGCUUUUCGUAUCUAUGGUCGCCCUACUCGUCUUUUGGCUGACACCGUUAGCCCCAAUAGUUUGAUGUUUGCUAUGCCCAGCAAUAGGCGUAAGGGAUAUCUCGAUAUCCUUGAUGUGUCCGCUCUGAUCCAUACACAGGGAAGUGAGAACUGGAGCGCUAGAGAGUGGAAGAAGCAGCUCAAGGACGCCACGUCGCGCCGUAUGACCUCAAACGCCGGUAGUAGGACGAGCAGUAUCUCAGGCCGUCGUAGCGGGAAACGCAGUAGUCUACCUCAGCGCAGUGGCACCGUGCGCUUUGGUAACGCAACAGUUGGGUCAAGGAAUGGUGAGCCAAGCAGUUCAUCUGACACGGUGUCUAGUUCACCGGCCAAGUCCGGCGUAUCCCACACUCGCUCUGAGUCCGAUAAUACAGGUCUCCCCUCAGCUCGUCGUGGCCGUCGCAGCCCGCCAUUUUUCGAAAACAGCAUUGGUGAAGACAUUCCGGAACACCCACCUGCGGAACUCCCCCAUGGCGAAGGAAUCCCUCAGACAGAUGGACCUUUCGAAGUGGGCGGAACUGAUAGUCGCAGUUCCCCUGAUAGCGGUGCCUUCAUGGACAAUAAUGGCCCUGUUGACCGACUAGAAAUCAUUGAGAGCUUGCAACCCAGCCCGCCCCCAUUGGCUGUGCCUAUUUCACCCGCCUUCUCGCACGAUCCAAGGGGAACACCGCAAUUUAAACCCCAACCGUCCCCAGAGAUUGGUCAUGCAGCGAAGCGUAUGUCGGUUGGAACAAUGGAUCAGUUGGUAGAUAUGAAUAAGAAGAGCGGAAACGUACAUGGACUUGCCGUGGCUGGUGCUACGGCUGCUUGGAAUGGUGCCAAUGAGAGCAAAAAAGAGGCCGACAAUAGACUGGGACAAAUCGCUCCUAGGGGUGCAGCCCUUAAUCGCUUGAAUAGUACGAGUGCAUGCAGUUCGAAUUAUUCUCAGGGGAGUCCUGUUACUCCUAGUGAUACCGCGAGCAAUAUCGACGUCAACGCGCCAUAUAUAUCUACCUCUACUGGAGGGUACUCCCCAAUAAAGCAGCAAGAUGAAGCCCAGAAGCCACAGUUACAAAAGCCAAUUCCCCGAAAGCCUGUGGCAGCCGAAAUCCCUGUCUCUGAGACAGCGAGUGUGAAGACAGAGUCUACAUUGGGAAGCCUGCGUGAUAACAUUGAUAUGGAUGCUCUAGACAGAAUCAUAAGGCGACCGCGAUCUCCUUCCCCCCCUCCACCGCCUCAGCAGAAGUACACAUUCCAACGAGAGAUUGUUGUCCAAGACGAUGCGUGCUCUGUUGUAGCUCCAUCAUAUGCAAGCUCACAUAAAUCAUCUGCCUCUGUCAAGUCAGUAAAAUCCAUUCAGAAACCAAGAAUGGGAAAGAUGAAAGUCGUCGGCGAUGCGACGCCAAAGACGGAUGACCUUGUUAUUGGUGAUGCACGUUACAAGAAUCCAUCCGUUGCACCUGCUGAGGUGAACCCAGAUAUCCCAGAAGUCGAUUUUGGACCUACUCACACCUAUAAGCCUACCACAAGACGGCCCAGCACAUCCGAUACCAUGCUACUUCUGUCCUCUUCUCAUCAACGUAACCCAUCUGAAGGUACUCUCGGCACAAGAGGGAGAAGGCUCUCCACUGGUCGUUUACUCGAGCAUCUUAACCAGGAAUCGAACCAAUCCCCAUCUCCACCCCCCACACAGGAACGUGGACGGCGCCGCAGUGUCCUCUGGCAACCAGGUAUGGUCCCUGACAGCGGCCCUGUUACCCCAGGCCCUGCGAGUAUUUCUCCAGAACAAUUCGUCCACAACCGCGCGUCCAGGUCACAAAUCCAUCUCCCUGUGCAGUCGACUCGAUCUACACCUCCCCCCCGCCCAGCGUCAGGAGAUUGGUCUGCUUAUAUUCGCCAUCAGUCAUCUGCAACUCAUCUCCCUCAACGCCCACAUUCGCGGGGCCCAAGCGUCAUGCUAGAUAUCCCGGCCCGUCCUUCAUCCCGUGGAGCAAAUACCAUACUUGACGUCCCUCCUCGGCCAUCAUCUCGUGGUCCCAGUGUUAUCCUUGGGCCUUACGACGUUCCUCCCCGCCCUUCCUCGCGGAGCGCAACUCGCAUACUAUCUCAACCGGAUGUCUCUGGCCACCUCUCUGCUCGUGAACAAGAGCAUGUGGCUCGAGUGACUGGCUCCUCGUUCUUUAAUUUGAACAAUAACCUCGGCCCACAGUUUGGGUCUGGGCUUGUCAGUGCUAUUGAUGCGCGUGAACGUGAGAGAAAGGCUAUGAAGGAUGGUUUCAGUGGCCAAGCUGUGCAGCAGGCUAUUGCUCAGAGACAGUAUCAGGCUCAAGCUCAAGCUCAAGCUCAAGCACAAGCACAAGCACAAGCUCAAAUACAAGCACAAGCUCAAGCACAAGCUCAAGCCCAGGCCCAGGCCCAGGCUCAGUUCCAACUUCAGCAACCCAUGGGUACGCCUCCUGGGUAUGCUCCAUCUAUGCAGUACCCAUAUUUCUCUUCUCAGCAGCAACAACCACAACAACCUAACUAUUAUGCACAUAGUCAGGGGCAACAAUGGCAACCUCAGUAUCAUGCAUAG